AUUCAUGCCGAAUUCGCAAUUGUUUGUAGAAUUUUAUUUUUCUAAAAGAUUUUUAACUAAAAAAGUAAAUGGGACGAGAAUCAUUAAUUUGCUAGAAUACGAUAAAUUAAAUGAAUCUAUUGAGAAAAUCCUUUGCCUUAUCUAAGUCGAUUCUUAGAGGCAUGUCGCAAAAUAAAACCGCGUCGACAAUGUCGACGCAAGCUCGUAAAGACAGCGCUAAAAGGAUAGUUUGGGUUGAUUUGGAAAUGACUGGCCUGAAUAUUGAUAAAGACCAUAUCUUAGAAAUCGCAUGCCUAGUAACUGAUGCUGAUUUGAACUUGGUGGCAACUGGGCCUAACCUGGUGAUACAUCAACCUGAUAGUAUUCUCAAUAAUAUGGACAGUUGGUGUAUUGCUACACACGGUGAGAGUGGUUUGACGGAGGCUAGCCGUAAAUCGAAGAUCUCUCUGAAAGAAGCUGAAAAACAAGUGCUAGAAUUUGUUUCCGCACAUGUCCCUGAGAAAAAGUGUCCUUUAGGUGGAAACAGCGUCUAUAUGGACAGGCUUUUUCUUCGCAAAUACAUGCCCAACUUUGACUUAUAUCUGCACUACAGAAUCAUUGAUGUGAGCACAAUCAAAGAACUAGCAAGGAGAUGGUAUCAAAAGGAAUACUCAACGAUUCCAAAGAAAAAAUUCCAGCACAGAUCUAUUGAUGAUAUUUUUGAAAGUAUUGCUGAAUUGAGGUAUUAUAGAGAUAAUAUUUUUAAGUUAGAAAAUAAUACAGAUAUUGACAAUUGAAUUAUGUUUAUAUUGAUGUUAAUUUAUUACAGAAUAAAAUAUUAC